UCAGAGCCGAAAUUAAAUGAUUAAACCAGACACAUGAUAUAAUCAAAACCUAAUUCAAAAGAUCAGGAGUAAAAAAUAUGGGGUUGUUAGAUUACCCGGAGCUUAUUCUGUUAAUCCCACUUAUAGCAUACAUAGUAACGAGAAGAGGAAAGGAAAUCCUCACCCCGACGAACUGGCCGGUGCUGGGAAUGCUCCCGGGCGUCCUCCUCAAUCUCCACAGCCCCCACGAAUACUUGACUCAAUUCUUCCACGACCGCGGCACCACCCUCGAGUUCAAGGGCCCGUGGCUCUCCGGCAUGAACAUGGUCAUCACCUGCGACCCGGCCAACAUCCACCACGUCUUCAGCCGCAACUUCUCCAACUACCCCAAGGGCCCCGAGUUCCGCAAGAUUUUCAAUGUUUUGGGCGAUGGAAUAUUCGGGGCCGACUUUGGCCUCUGGGAGGUCCACCGCAAGACCACACUUUCGCAGCUCAGCCACGCUACGUUUAUGGCUCACCUCGAGGCCACCGUGUGGGGCAAGGUGGAGGCCGGCCUCCUCCCCUUGCUCCGCGGCUUUUGUGAAAGGGGUGAUGAGUUUGAUCUGCAGGAUAUAUUCCAGCGCCUGACGUUUGACAAUAUUUGCAAGCUUGUGUUGGAUCAUGAUCCCUGCAGCUUGUCCCCCGGGCUCCCGCACAUCCCGUGCGAGAAGGCGUUUAGUGCCGUUGGGGAGCCGCUGUUGUACCGCCACGUCAUCCCAGAGUUCAUCUGGAGGAUCCAGGCGCGGCUCAACAUCGGGAGGGAGAGGAUGCUGGCGGACGCAGCGCAUGUGUUUCAUGAAUUCAUCUAUUCACGAAUUGGAUUGGGAUCUGAUGAGGAAGGGAAAGGGUUUAACAUGUUGAGGGCUUUUGAGAGGAUGUAUUUGGAUAAGAAUCUUGGGCCGGCGGCCGGGUUGAGGGAUUUUCUCAAGGAUACUUCGCUCAACCUGAUGUUCGCCGGCAGGGACACCACCAGCACCGCUCUCACUUGGCUUUUCUGGCUCGUCGCGCAGAAUCCAGCCACGGAGAAGAAAAUCAGGGAGGAAAUCAAGAUUGGAUUGAACCAAAUGAAUGGAAAUAAAUGGAGAUAUUUUACCUCCCAGGAGUCAAACAAGCUGAGAUAUCUGCACGGAGCUCUGUGCGAGUCGCUGAGGCUGUACCCGCCUGUGGCGAUGGAGCACAAGGCGCCGCUCCGGCCGGAUGUUCUUCCGAGCGGGCAUUACCUCGAGAGUAACUCGAGGCUCAUAGUGAGCUUCUAUUCGGUUGGUAGAAUGGAGAGCGUGUGGGGGAAGGAUUGCUUGGAGUUCAAGCCGGAGAGGUGGAUUUCUGAGAGUGGGAAGAUCAAACACGAGCCGUCGUAUAAGUUUCCGGCGUUCAACGCGGGGCCGAGGACGUGCCUAGGGAAGGAGAUGGCGUUUAUACAGAUGAAGAUGGUGGCGGCGGCUAUUAUUUACCAUUACCAUGUUGAACUGGUUGAGGGGCAUCCAGUUUAUCCUCGUGACUCGGUGAUUCUUCAAGCCAAGUAUGGGUUGAAAGUGAGGUUAUCUGCCGUUGACUCGUGAAUCAUAAUUUCGUUUUUAAAAAUAUGUUACGUUUAAUCAACUGUAAUUUUAUACUGAGCUAGUGAAAUUAAUUAGGUUAUUGUAUUAAGAAUAAUACAACUAAUUAACAAGAAUCAGAUACAAGUUAA